AUGGUUAAAGAAGGGGAACCACCCAAAAUUCCCCCUAUCAUGGGAGGGGAGGUGAAGCCGCAGCCUCCAAGAGCUGCAGAAUUCGGAAAGCCAUCGCCCCUUGGCCCUAUGAAUAUGAAUCAGCGACAUCCCUUUGUGAUUCCGAAAGUAAAUCGGCCGCGUCCAGAGCAUCAUCGCCCCGCUCCAAGCUCAACCCUUAACGACAAUGCAUCAAAGGAAAAGGAUAAGCGGGCCAUCAAUCCCUUUCAGGCUACCAAGCUGUCAUCGUUUAACAAACAUUCUCCUAUAACUUUAUCUGACGACGAUAGUGUGGUUGAAAUCAUGAAACCGAUGAACGCGGAUCGAACGACGAAGCGCGCACCUGAACCGCUGUUCACUUCGAAACCUUCGGCACCCAAAAUGGGCAAGGCGGCUAGUACUUUGAAAAACUUUAUGGAUCUUACUACACCUGAUGUUGGAUUCGGAAGUACCAAUACCAGUUUCCGCGAGGAAGUUGUUGGCUCAGCAGAUGCGUAUUCCUACGUUGAUAGUGAGAAGGCCAACGAGAACAUCAAGGCAUUGCUAGAGGGUGCCUUUGAGGAUGAAGAUGAUAAACCACGGACACGGUCGCGGAAGAAGAAGAUCGAUAAACAAGUGGAUGAGCUGGCCGAUAAACUAAUGGGGAUUGAUGGAGUUGCCUGGAUGAGGGACAAAGAGACUGGACUCAAGAAAACCCGAGGCGUGUUACCGAAGGGCGGUAUUCUUGCAGACGAUAUGGGGCUUGGAAAGACCGUCCAAGCCAUUGCACUUUUACUUACUAAUCCACGACCCCCCACAAGCUCUAAAGAUGAAGAAGAGGGACUCGAUAAAGGUAAAGGGAAGAAAGACAAAUCUAAGAUCCCCGCAAAUGUCUCGAAGAGUACGCUGGUCGUUGCACCUCUUGCCCUAAUAAAGCAGUGGGAAGGCGAGAUUGAAUCCAAAAUUGAACGGUCCCACCGUUUAAGUGUGUGUAUAUACCACGGCGCCGGACGCACGAAGCACCGCGAUGACUUGGAUUCCUUUGACGUCGUGAUUACUACAUACGGCACGCUCAGCUCUGAGCACGGGAAGAACAGUGGCUGCUUCGGCGUCCACUGGUAUCGCAUUAUACUCGACGAAGCCCACACUAUUAAGAAUCGAAACGCCAAAGCUACUCAGGCAGUAUAUGCGUUGAGGUCCCUGUACAGAUGGUGCCUUACCGGAACCCCGUUACAGAAUAACCUGGACGAACUACAGAGCUUGAUUAGAUUCUUACAAAUCAAGCCGUACGACGAGCUUGCUGCGUGGAGGGAGCAAAUCACUCGUCCCAUGAAUAACGGCCGUGGUGGGCUGGCUCUACGUCGGUUACAAGUCUACCUUAAAGCAUUCAUGAAACGACGCACGAAGGACGUUUUAAAAUUAGAUGCAAAGCCAGAUACUGAAGAUACCAACGAGAAUGAAGUCAACGAUGACGGGAAGAAAAAACCCGCAUCUCCCAGGUUCAAAAUCAUGAAGCGAGAUAUUAUCAAGAUCGAAGCCGAGUUCAGUUCGCAAGAAUGGGCAUUCUAUCAACGUCUCGAACAGCGCGCUGACAGAAGUCUGGAGCGCAUGAUGGGCGGCCAGACCAUGAGCUAUGCUGGUGCAUUGGUUUUGCUUCUCAGACUCCGUCAGGCAUGUAAUCAUCCAGACCUAGUUAAGGGAGAGCUUGCCAAAGAACAAGACGCGUUGCUGGGUGAUGAUAGCCAGUCUAAGAACAAGGAGAACGACAUGGACAGUAUAGCUGAUAUGUUAGGCGGGCUCAGCAUGGCCACAAAGAAGUGCGAUGUAUGCCAGAUUGAGUUGACCAAGGAGGAGGGCCUUGGUGGUUCAGCCCGUUGUACCGAGUGCGAAGAAGACCUAAAAACUCAAGUCAUUAUAUCCGACACAACAAAAGAGAAGUUAGAGAAGAAAAAGAAGAAGAAGAGAAAGUCGAAACAGGCUCCCACCCAUGUGGAUAGGAAGACGGAGAGAGAAUCUCAACGAGCGAGAAGCCGCCGGGUUCGGCCUAUUGUUAUAGACAGUGAUGACGAGGACGAAGACGGUGAAUGUAUUGUCCCUGAAGAACAGCGUGACUCGGAGACACUGGAUGCCCCUGUCGGGCCUGAUGGUGAGGAUGCAGAAGGCGGUGGAGACUGGAUCGGGUCUGAGGAUUCAGAGACUGACGAGGACGAGACUGAAAUAGCAACUGACGAGGAUGAAGAAGAAGAAGAGGAAGAUGAUGAUAAUGAAGAAUUAUCUGACUCGACACCUAGCGCAAUUCAUGAUGUCCAGACAUCGGCCAAAAUCAGACACCUAAUGAGAAUUCUAAAACGGGAAUCCGGAGAAUUCAAAUUCAUCGUCUUUUCAGUCUUCACCUCUAUGCUUGACAAGAUUGAGCCGUUCCUCAAAAAUGGGGGUAUUGGAUACGCUCGAUACGACGGUGGGAUGAGAAACGACCUUCGAGAGGCGAGUUUGAACCGACUGCGGAAUUCGAGCGGCACUCGAGUGCUCCUGUGUAGUUUACGUGCAGGAUCACUGGGGCUGAAUCUAACGGCCGCAAGCAGGGUUGUUAUCCUCGAGCCGUUCUGGAACCCAUUUGUGGAAGAACAAGCCAUCGAUCGUGUCCACCGCCUCAAUCAGACUGUGGAUGUCAAGGUCUACAAGUUGACGAUCAAGGGGACAGUUGAAGAACGCAUACUGGAACUACAAGAUCGCAAGCGCGAAUUGGCUAAAUCUACCAUAGAAGGUAAAUCCGCAGCCGGCAAGCUCACCAUGAAAGAUAUGCUAGCGCUCUUCGGCCGCGAUGCAGAAACACGGUCGUGGGAUGACGGCAAAAUAAGCUUUACGACAAAGAGCAAUAAGCUUCUAGAUGCAAAGGAGGAGACGACGAUGGCAGCAGCGGGGUCCCAGGCCGGAGGUGGUCGAGGUUUUGGGAAGCGAGCAACUCCGCCUGUGAUGGAACGCAAGUCAAGCGGUAGUGCAAAAAGGGAGGAUCCGAUCUAUGGCCGUCGAUGGUAG